CCUAACCUUGGCCUGCAGUCAGUAGGCGGCCCUCACCCGGAACUGGAAGAAGACAAGGUGAAUGGAGCGCAUUCUUUCUACGGCUCAAGCAUGUAUUUCAGGCUACGAUGUUGCCUUUUCUAGAGCCGUACGCCUAGAGGACCGGGCUUGGCGCGGUGAGGACCUUGCGCACCGAGAGCUGGAGCGGCAACUGCUGCACGAGGAGGCAAAGUUCAUGCAGGAGGAGCGCCGGUUCCUGCACACGCAGAUCCAGCAAGCGCAUGUGGAGAACGCCAGGUCGCUGUGGCUCAGAUUCGUGGACCGCAACCGCACGGAGGUCAUGGAGAAGACGGAGCAGCUCAAGGCGGUCAGCAGCCUGUCCGCCCUCCUGGCUGGCUUUGCUCUUGUGGGGUUCCUCGAGUUUCAGUUUGUGGUCAGCGAGAAUUACAACAAGGCGCUGCUGCCCCUCUUCGCGUUGACCACCAGCAUAACGGUCGGGGUGGAGGUGGCCGCGGUGGUGCUGACUUCGCUCAUGCUGGCGAACAUUCUGCGCACCGCCAAAUCAUAUGUCAACGAGCAGGAGGAGGCUGAGUUCAUGCACCGCUGCCAAGCGUUCAUGGCAAAUUACCGGCCUGGCGACCGACCGCCAGCGCCAGUCCGCACCUUUGCCGUGCACUGGGCUCGGCGCUGCGAGCACGAGUGGCGCAUUGCGUUCCGGCUUUUCAGCACUGGGAUCCCCUUCUUCUUUGUCAACCUGGCGCUGGCAGGCUGGAUCAAGUUCCAUGACGCGCAGACGCCGGUCGCGCCUAUCAUUGUCACCCUAAUCAUGGGAUUCUCUCUGAUGUAUAACGUCUACACGCACCGCAAGUGGGGCGAGUACCUCAUGGCCGAUGGCUCGGAGGACGCCCAGGAGGUGGGCAAUCAGCUUAUCCAGCCGCCAGUGGGCUUGCCGUUCGACUGGUACCUGCCCCCGCUCUCCAUUGCUGGCGGACUGGAGCUGCGGUCGCGGCCGGCGGCUGUGUCAGAUGCUGGCGCUUCCAACGACGCCCGUGCUGUGGUGGAUGCAGCCGGUGGCAGGAAUGCAGCGGAAUACGGCAUGGGGGCUUCGCCAGUCGACGACGGCCCGGGCGACGGCAACCCGGUGGCACGCGGCGCAGGCGAGCUGCACAUCUCAGUGGCGUCAUGCGACUCUGGUUCUGAGCACCCUCGCGCAGCUGCUUUCCGUGCAAUUGGGGUGACGUGAGGGAAACAGCGCGCCGGAUUUCUCCCUCAUGCAACUGCUUCACCGCGCACCUGAGUUACGGCCACAUGCAUUCUAUCAUAACAUGCACCCAUCCUUCGCACCUCAACAGUACGCACGCAUGAGCGCUUCUCGUGCGCAUCACGCUCCUUAAGCGCACGCUGCAACUGGCGUGGUACCACGUUGGGUGUAUGCAGAUGCGAGCCCGUGCCACGGCGGCGUGUCCUUCCGCCGCGAGCUAACUGCCCCUGGUGUGUAGAUGAACUCAUAAUCGUGUUGGCAAUGGACGUGAUGGGAUGGUUUCAGCUCAUGCCUUCAAGGGACGGGUGCACGCGAUUGCGCGCUCACUUCAUACCG